GCGCUCUCAUGAAUGAGCUCCGCUGCUCUCGCGAUUUCUCGCGUAGUGACGGGAUUUCGUGAAGUAAAACAUGGAAGAUGGCGGCUGAUAAUGAUGUGCGGUUAAUAGAGCGAUUACGCGUUGUGAUCGGCGAAGCAAAGAACCUGCCGCCAAGGAGCCAUGGCUCGGUGGAACAGCGUGACGUCUACUGCGCCAUCAAGCUCGACCAGGAGGAGAUAUUUCGAACGACGACCAAGGAGAAAACCCUCAAUCCAUUCUUUUCCGAGGACUUCCAGUUUGAAGUGCCAAGGGAGUUCCGGUACCUAUCGGUCUAUGUGGCUGAGCGAGAGCGGGCCUCCAACAAGGACAAAGUCCUGGGCAAGGUCUCUAUCAAGAAAGAGGGCAUGCACAAGUUCUAUGGCAAAGACAACUGGUUCCCUAUCAUGCCCGUGGACGCUGACUCGGAAGUGCAGGGGAAAGCCCAUAUCUCUGUUAGGUUAGAGCCGUCAACAAAGUCUUCCAUAUACGGACCCUGUGCAAAACUCGUAGUUAGAGUGACAGAAUGCAGCGACUUGAUGGUGAAUGGCUCCUGCAACCCAUACGCUCAAGUGACCCUGUGCCAUGGCAACACCAAGCAGGAGACCCGCAAGAGCAAAGUUCGCCGGAAAACAGUCUGCCCCCGCUUUGAGGACAGCUUCGCGUUUGACCUCAAGCCACAGAGGUCAGACAAGCAGAUACGCUCCAUAAAGGAUGAGUUCAGCAACCUUGAACUUAGGGUGUGCCUGCAGCACGACCUCAGUGGCGUGGGUGGCAUGUUUGGAAGCUCGUUCCUCGGGGAGGUGCGGAUCCCCGUGCGUGACCUCGGUUUGGAACGAGGCUGUUCCCACCAAGCCUGGUACCUCUUGCAGCCACGCUCGGAGGGUCAGCGCUCUCCCCCCACUGCCACGGGAUCGUCGUCAGCCAAUGGAGCGACAGCAGGCAGCCUCGGCUCCCUGCGGCUCAAGCUAUUCUUUACAUCGGACCGGGUCUUCUCUAGUCACUUCUACCGGGACCUUCGUGAGCUCUUGCUCAUGUCACCCAAUGUAAAGCCAGUGACGUCUAGUGCAGCUUACGUGUUGGGCGAGAUGGUGCAACACAAAGACGACGCGGCUCAGCCUCUGGUGAAGAUAUUCAAGAGCCACAGUUCCGUACUGCCUCUGCUGCGAGCGCUGGCCAGCUGGGAGGUGGCUGGUGCAACAGACCCGCACACUAUUUUCCGAGGCAACACACUGGUGUCCAAAUGUGUUGAUGAGUACAUGAAGCUGACGGGCAUGCUGUACCUGCAAGAUACUCUCAAGACAGUGGUGGCAAAGAUUCUAACUGAGCGGCUUCCCUGCGAAAUCGACCCCACAAGGCUGAAGGAUGGAGAGUCCCUGAAAGUAAAUGAGGCACACCUCCGAGGCUAUGUGGGGGCUGCACUGUCGGCUAUUGUGGGCUCGUGGGUGGCCUGUCCGUGGGAACUGUGCGACCUGUUCUCUAUGCUACGAAGCCUGGCAGCCGACCGCUUUCCCGGCCGCAAGGAGCUGCAGUACUCGGUGAUUUCUGUCUUCCUCUUCCUGCGCUUCUUCGCGGCAGCCAUUCUCAGCCCCAAGCUCUUCGAGCUCUCCUCCCGGCCCAUUGACGAGCAGUCUCACAGGACACUAACACUGGUGUCCAAGUCCAUACAAACCCUUGGGAACCUCGUCAGCUCCACAUCAGCACAGCCUUUUUAUAAAGAAGACUACAUGAAAGAGUUUUAUGAAAACUUUAUCACUGAAGAGCACAAGGAAGCUGUGAGACAGUACCUUGAGCUUAUUUCCUUGAAGAAUGUCCCAAUGAGAAACCUUGACACGCCAUCCAUAGUCCUGAAGGAAGGAACUAUGACCAAGCGGGCACAAGGGCGCAACAAGCUCGGCCUCAAAAACUUCAAGCGCCGCUACUUCUGCCUCACCACUAAGGAGCUGUACUACUCAAAGACGAAAGACUCGAGUCCAUUGUGCACCAUUCCACUGUAUGAAAUUUUGGGAGUGGAAAAAGUGCAGGAAGACUCCUUCAAGAUGAAGAAUGUGUUCCAGGUGAUACAGAAGUCUCGAGCAUUGUACAUCCAGGCCAACAACUGCGUUGAAGAGAAGGAGUGGCGGACAAUCCUCACCCGCAUCUGCCAUUUCAACUUGUGUCGCAUCCACACCUACCACCCGGCUGCCUUCCUCAAGGGCCACUGGCUCUGCUGCAAGGAAGAAAGUGAAACAGCACCUGGAUGCUCUCCCGUGACCUCGUAUAACCUCGCCGACAUCAAGGUGACCAUCGACACAGACCGGGAGAUGCAGCGGGUCCAUUCUAUCUUCCUCAAACAGAUGCACAUUAUUGAGAGGCUUAUAGAGACUUGCCAGCAGCAAUUGCAAAGCACUGCCAUGCCAGGUGUUGAGUUCAGGCUUCCCUCUGGGUUUGUGCUCGAGGACCCAGCCAGCUUGCAUACCACGUUGUCUUCCAUCAAGACCUUUGUGGAGAACAUGGAGGUCAAGCAUGAACGACAUCGGCACCAUCUGUACCGACAGACGCAGUACGGCUCCAAGCAAGCACCCAUAGGGGACGACAACUACUUGCUCAUGUUUGCGCGGCAGCAACAGCAGAGGACCGCCUCCGUGCCCAGUGCCUCGUCGCUGGCACGACCCCUUACUAGUGAUCUCAACAUUCCUGUACCACCUAUCCCUGCACCAGCGCUGCCUUCCCCGGGCAAUGCCAACGGAAGCCUGGUCAGCCACAUGGACGUGCCUUAGCCUACGCUGCUUCAGCUCUCAUCUUUCCGAAGUCACACGGCUUCUCUGCCCUUCCAGUGCACACUGCCGGUCCCGUUGCUAUGAGGGAACAGGAUCCGCAUGGCGCCAAGCCCGAGGCACUUGGGUAGACGUGCCAACUUCUCUAUGCCUUCUCUAACGGCAUUCCCCCGUGUGCUCCCCUCUUUGCAUUGGCCAAACGUGAGCACAUGGGCCCCGAGUUUCAGCCACAGUGGGAGUCCAAGCCACGUUUCUUCCUAGUCGGCCACCCGAGGUCCUUCUCAUUCGCUCUUCAAGCCCUGUACAUAUUAUACGCCCUGUGAAUGCUGAACCUAGCUAAAAGCAAAGAAAUCACCUACAACGGUUACGACCCAUGCCGGUGCUCUAUGGAGACGGAAAGACUUAAUCACGUACUCAUCGCUUAUGUCAUUCCAGAGUGAAGGAGCUGUACGAUGCCGCUCUUGAAGAACUUGGGGUUUACAUGUAGUGGGCUGCACAUGCAAUUAAUGUAGGUAACGCGGCAUCGUGUUUUAAGUGCGUUACCCGCACUGCUUGUACAGGAAGGCGUGAACGUUGUCAUCUUGGAUAGUGUGCAAUGGAUGCACGUGAUGUAGCAGUGUUCAGAUGUGGCGCGUGCUGAUAUGAUCACCGUGUCCCUGAUUGACUGUCAAACCCCGUCACUUGAAUGUCGAGGGCUGUUGUGUUGCUGCACGUGAAGUAAUGGCCCGGCUGUACCACUUACAGAGCCGAAUAUUUUAUGGGCAGCAGCCCAGUUGAUAUGUCGCGCACACAUGCGGCAGAAAAAGCUUGCUGUAUAAUCCCGAGUUGUCAUCCGUGCCUGUAACGCCACCCGGACCAUUCCUCUAGCAGAUUGUCCCUCAUACUGAGGCAUCAUGCAAAUAAUGCACUGCUGUGGUCAACCUACGCACAUUAUGGGCAGCUUGCAACAGCCAGGCAGCAUUUUACCAUUUCCUUGUUCCUGUAAGCAUGUUUUUCAGGAACUUGUAAUCACACACCGCUGGCAAAUGUAUAUGAUGCACCAUGGUUAUUGGUUGUCUGAUUAUUGGAACCUGGCCAGACAGAAUUAUCCCUUUCUUUCUUUCUUUCUUUGUUACUGAGACAUUACCCACCAAGCCUUUCCUGGCAAAUCGCACUAGCAGCCUUGCAUCGUUACUGUUGUUUAAAGGACCGUUAGCGACUAAUUAGUGCAACUAAUUGGUCCAUCCUCUUUUCAGCAGGCAUGGUGAAUCUGUUAAACCAACCUUCCAAUGCGUCAUUUAAAAGUGAGGCCGUGCGGUCAUGCUUCAUAAUGUCCAUAACACUGCUGAGAGGUUCCUUAUUAUGCAAAAAGCACUAGCUACUAGUACUUGCAGCGGAAGAACAUUUUGUAGUUGAGAAGCAAUCUUUUAUUGGCAUGUCUGUAACAGGAGGUUUUCUUUGUGGGGGGAGGGGGGGGAGGAUUAUGAGCUUCUAGAAUUGUCUCGCAUGAUGUUUGGAGCCAUUGAUUGAAUAUAGUGCAAGAUCUUUUUCCCUUUCACCCCUUGAUAUGCGGAGGACAUCCGAUCUGUGCAAGGAAGCUAGCCUUUCAAAUGUCGUAGCAAGGACACAGACAUGCAUUUACAGAAGUGGAAGCACAUGUGCAAGCAAGCAGUAUCGCUAAAAACAUUUGGUCCCCUGCAGAAAUGCGCGUCUGUACAGAACCCAGCACUUGAAACAUGUGGUCCGCAACUACUGCAUAUUGUUGUUAACCGAAGUGUUACGUCUCAAGCCCGCAGUAUGGUUUGCGUUAUUAAUCAUUACUAUGUAUAUAAAUUUUUAAACAUUCUUUUCUUUUUUAGCCUCCAGACACCUCCCCUCGCAUUAUAUUCGUGGUCACAUUAUGUUCGUACAAAUAUUGUGUCUUUUCUGAGUCCCACGAAGUGUACAGACUGAAAUUCUUGUUUUCUCCCAUUGGGUUCUUCGGCAACAUCUCGCCCUUUGUAUUGUUGAGGAUCAAGUAGUGUGCACAGAUUAAAAAAGCGGCCACUGAGGUAUUGUGACUCAUUCUGUCGUUCUGUGUAUCCUUUGCCGUCGAUUUACAGAACAUGCUAUCUGCGAAUCCCCGUGAGCACUCCUUCCCUCUCCCAUUCUUCAGUUAUUGCAUCUUAUUGUGGUAUGCCUGUCGUCUCAGCUCAGUAACGAUCGGCUCCUUUAAAGUUUAUUUAAUUGGAAGUGGGUGUAAGUGCAAGUUCCUUUAUUCAUUCACCGAAACCGCUGCACAGUGUGGCCGAGCCGCUUUUUUUUUUUUUUUUCGCACAAGUACAUGCGUGGCGUAUUGCGUACUGCUUUCUUAUGAUUAGGCACCCUCAUUCUGCUCAUUUGCGUGUGCUUGAAAGUGUUGCGUAAACAGAUCAAGACUUCAGACUAUCUGCCGUCAUGUUCAAAUAAUCCUACCUAGGCAAUCUUGUCAAUUUUCAUGGAUAAAUCAUUUGAAAAUGUUCCGAACAAAACAAGAAGACAAGACGUAGCUGCUGCUGCUGAAGGAGUUAAGCAUGUCACACACACGCAGUCGUGCUUCUAACAGUGGCAGCAGGCAGUUUCGUUGAUACCUUCUACAUUUCUUGUAUGUCUGUUUGUGUGUUUUUAUGUUUUGGCUUGUGUAGUAUUUUUCUGCGGUUAAUAUAUUUAAAUAUAUAUAGUAUACAUAUAUAAAUAUAUACACAUAUACAUACAUGCUAUAUAUAAUAUACAUAUUGUAACAUGUUGCGUGUGAACCCGUGAGUGUUAUGCACGAAAGACCUUAAUUUAAUUGUAAGUUUUGAAGAAACAAGCUGUGCUAACAGUGGUGCAUAUUCAUUGCCAAGCACUAAAACGUAUAAAUAAGAGGAGCACUUCUUUGUAACAUUCAACAUCUGUUAAUUUAUCGCCAAUCAAGUGGGCUAAGCAGAAUUCCUCAGAAACGUCUGAUAAUCUAAGUAAAGGAUGCAUUUAGAAAGCAGCCGCCUUUAGGAACUUCUGAAUUUGGUCAUGUUAUAAAGAAGGCUGUACUAACAUUGUGUAUUGCCACAUAGAAGUAGUAUCUGAACAGUGCAUGAAUUUUGCUUUUCCUGGUCUCGUGGACUUCCACGUGUACUGCGACAACUUUGGGAAAGUUUGGGGACGUUCAAACAUUCAAAAGUGCAAGAUUCAUAGAUUUAUUUUUAUAUUUUGUUUCGAAAUCCUCGUAGGUUCAUUAUCAGAUUUUAACCUGCCCUUGCUGUACCUUAUUGCACUUAUUCACUACGCAGCUCGUCUUUUUAAUUUAAAUGAGUCUUACUAAACGUGAGACAUUUCUUCGUAGCUGCAGUGUAUAAAAAAUGGAACCUAGCGGGAUUUUUGUUUUUAGAAGUCGGGUGUAGUAAAGCGCCUCUCGGGUGUGCAGAUACAUUUGUCACAUCAGAAUUGUGGGUGGAUAGCCCAUGUCAUUUGCUUUAGAGAAGGAUGGCACCAUUUCACCACCUCAUUUAUAAAUUAAAAGUUGCUCUCUUAAUUGUGCAUAGCUAGGCCAUAGACCAUUUCUCAGCUUGCUCAUUGAGCAUUCUUUUGUCUCUCCCGUUUGCUGCUUUGUUUGCCUUGCUUCCUUUGUACCGCCUCUGCACCACUUCAGCAAAAUGACUCGCUAUGGUCACUCUUUUUGUUGAAUAUGUGAUGCGACACACUCGGUGAAAUGUUGAAAAACGUCAAAAAAUAUUUCAUGUGCCACACACAGGUGUUUCACAUCAGAUUCCAGUAGGCUUCCAUUAAUUUUAUUUCUAUUUUAAAUUUAUCGUAUUUAGUGCUAGUUAGCACCUACAUACAGUCAACUGCCGAUUUUUCGGACGCCCGAUUUUCCGGACAUGCUCGAAAAUUCGGACGCUUUCGCGGCACCGUCACCAGCCCCAUAGACUUAAAUGUAUUAGAACGUCCAAAAUUUCGGACGCUGAAGCUAUUCCGCGUCCCAUUUUUCGGACUUUCUGCCCAAAUUGCAGGUCCGAACGGCAUUAUUUGAAGCUCCCACCUCUGCCGCGUCUAUCAUCUCUUAGGUUCGAACCAGCGCUUUCACGAGUCGAUCUGUUUGAGACAGUAGCAGAGUCCGAAAGUCAGCUUUGCCACAAUGCCAAAGCGUUAUGGGGUGAAGCAGACCAGAAAUUCAAAGGGGCCGCUAUCACGGCGCCGUGCGGCGAUGUUACGGAUAAGCAGCGGAAAUGCAUGGAGGCGUGAUGGCGGCAGCUGGCAAAUGCGCCAGUGCGGCUUAAUCACUGACAACCCUUACGAUAAGCAUCUUUAGUUUACUGAUCGGUAGUGCACUUGACCUAGCGCAGUUGCAUGCGUACUGCACGCAUUUAAUAGCCGAGAACCCAAAUGCGCUGCGCCGCCAUUCCUGCUGCCUCUUUGUGCGAGACCGCUAAGUGCGCCGCAUAGACGUGUUGCCUUCGCGGAGGAAACCAGAUCGCCAUUGCCGCGCCCAUGUGCGGUCAGGAACUAAGUGCGCAUCACGAACCCAUUCAUGAUAAAUGCGUGCGUACGAUACAGCAACAGUAAAGUGACGGCGUCAGCUUAGUUGGCGAUGUGCUGCACACAACUAGAAACGAUCGGCUUGACACGGCAGCAAAUGCUGCGUAUCGGUGGCGAUUCGGCGAUGUGUGUGCGCAUUUUUACAUGCGCACACGCAUCGGGGAAAGCCGGACGAGUCGUCCGCGCUUCCGCCGCAGACUUUGUGUUCCGCGUCAUCGUUUACAAACGCUUCAUGCGGGAUAGCCGUAAUCCAUUCCGCGCUUUGCUGUUAUCAGCGGCGUUCAUCACGAGACGCAAAAGUGGCGGUUGGCACAUACGUAGUUAAGCGGGGUUCGCGGCAGGUACCGAAUGUAUUUGUGAGAGCCUGGGCGCGCACCAAAAUGCCUGAUAAUUGUACUGGGAGGCAUUAAAGCUAUUUCGGACGUGGCUGUGGCGAUUUGACCACUUGAGCAGAAUAAAAAAGCAUGAAUUUGUUUUUUCGGACGAUUUCGCGGUUUCUAGGGAGUCCGAAAAAUCGGCAGUUGACUGUAUUUUUUGUGCAAUUUGGUAUUCAAUAGACCUAAGCCUAGUUUCGUACAAGUUGGUUCACAAGUUUGUUAGGAAGUUUUUGAGAUACUAAACGCCAAUUGAUAAUCGUUUGAGAAAGUGCCAAACCUUGGGCUCUAAAGCUGCAGUCAGCCACUACAUUUUAUGGAACAUGGGUUUCACAAGUAUGGAACUUGCAUUUUCUUAUGGUAUGGUGCUUGUAAUUUGAUGGGAUCUCUGUUUAGGUUGCAGGAACUAGCCUGAAAUUGAAUUAGUGCAAGUCUACUGUAUCCACUGACUAGUUUCAAAGCACAACUGAACCUGCUAGUGAGCUUUUGUGGUAAACUUAAACACACUCCUCCAUUUGCACUGCCGCACAGCCAAUGGUCUCGGUGCUUUCUUUGUAUUGUCGUCUUGUACGUUGCAGUACUUACAUUUUCCGUGCUACUCUUUGGGUGUAAGUACAUGUUGUGUGGUACCCAAAGUCCUCCUAGAAUUGUGGUAAAUGUACAAACUGACCCUUGUGUUUUCUGUUGUUGAGAAAUUUGGGCACACACUACGCAUUACGGUUGCCCAGUGCCAUUUGGCAUUGUGCUGUACAGAAACUUAAAAGGUCAUGUGUUGUUGCUCCAAAGCUUGGUGUUGUGUUGUAUGCCUGCACUUUUGCUCUUGCAAGGAAAUGGUGAUGGACUCAGUUGGCGAGAUAAGGCUGGUGGUGUGUUCCAUUUCGGAUAAAGGCAGCAAUAUUGCUUGUGGCAAUGUGCUUUUUUUUCUUCUUCAGAUGUUUAUAUUUAAACACAUAGAACAAGUUUUAUAGCAGAUUGCAAUGUGUAGCAAGUGUAGUGUGUAAUACUAACAACUAGCAGCCAUAUUACCACCACCGUGCCUUGCUUGUAUCAACGUACUGUUCACAAAAGUUGUGUACGUCAAGUGCUGUUGAAGGCUGCAUUGUGGAAGAGUCCUUGCAGAAUUUGCAAUGUGGAACACUUCGAUAAGAUUUUUUUUUUUUUUCAUUUGACUGUGGCGGUUUCCUUUUUUGUUAUUCUUGCUAUUGGUGCAACUGGAACAUGCGCAAUGUUCGCCGUUUGCGUAUUGUUUAAAUUGUUUAAAACCUAGAUUUAUGCAAAAAAAAAAUCUACAUUGUUGCCCAUGUUUAAUAUAAAGAGAGAGCAGUGUGCCCACGUGGCAGAGUUUUGUAAGGCAAGAAGUAUCUAUGCAGAAGUGUUUUGAACAUUUUCUUGUUCUCCUUGCGAGGAGGAGAGCGUCAUUUACAUAACUCGAGUAACCGCAGUACCCCUGCCACACGAGCUUUACAAAAGGUCACUCUACGUAAAUGAGUCUACCAAUUCUUCUUCAAGUGGAGUUUAUCAAAGCCACUGAGUAAGCCCAGUUUUUCCGGAUAGCCAGAACGCUUCAACACAGUACAGUUUUUAACAUGGUGCAUUCAUCAAAAUAAAAUCGCAUUUACGGUGCUGUGUGGCAGGGGUACUAACCUUAUCACCUAUCCCACAUAUUGCUGUUGAGUUCGCGUUAGUGCAUGGCCGCCUUCUUCACGUCUGUGGACUUCAUGUGGUGGCACAAAAUGCGGCUCUUAUGGUCACAAGAGAGAGUUGGUUGCAUGGACACUAUUUAUUGAGAACUAAACAUAUUUACUCCACCCAAGAACAAACCUGUGGGAGUGCCUUUCUACUUCUCUGUUGUAUGUGUAUGUUACCAUCGUUCACAUAGUGAUGAGUAAAUGAAAUUUAUGCAACA